CCUCAGGCUUGUGCGCUUCAUACGACCGAUCACUCGUACCGGCACUACAUACUGGCCAACAUGUCGACGGCGGACAAAAUGGAUGAUUUGGAACGAGCUAUCUUCGGUGGGGAGUCCGACGACGAGUUGUCCGCGCCGGACGACGAUGAUGUCCCGCAGAAACGCGCGAAGCGGGCCUCGCCGAUGGGCGACGAGGAAGAGUCCUCAGCAGACUCGGGCGACGAAUACGUGCAGGAGAAGCGCGCCCCGAAGGGCAAGGCGAGGGUGACGCGGAGAAGGCGGGGCACGGGUGCGGGCGAGGACGGGGGGCAGAGGCAGAAGCAGCGGAAGAGGAAGCGCAAGCAGCAGCUGGAGGACAUCGACUUGAGCCAGCUGCCGCCUGAGCUAGCGAACAAGGUGAAACUGGACAUGCAAAUUGAGGCGAUCCUGAAGCCAAAGAAGGCUUCGCGGCCGAAACGGAAAAGAAAGGACGAUGAAGACGUACUGGACCGAGUGGCGGACGAAGAGGUCUCGCGGCUCCGAGAGGCGAUGUUGUCGGCCGCCCAGGACGAUGAGCAGGCCAAUAGGGAGAAGCUCCCCGCUACGGCCAAGUUGCGGCUCUUGCCGCAAGUGAUGGAGGUGCUACGAAAGAACUCGCUCGCCCAGUCCAUCCAGGACAACAAUCUUCUGGAGGGUGUACGGAAAUGGCUUGAGCCCCUGCCGGACCACUCCCUGCCUGCCCUCGACAUUCAGAAGGAGUUCUUCCCGACUCUCAAGAAGCUGGAGUACAUCGACACUAGCGCGCUCAAGGAGUCCCAGCUCGGUCGCGUCGUGAUCUUCUACACAAAAUGCAAACGCGUCACGCCGGACAUCCAACGGCUCGCAAACGACCUCGUCUCCGCCUGGUCGCGGCCCAUCAUCAAGCGCAGCGCGUCUUACCGCGACCGCAUCAUCCCGACCGCGCAGAUCGGCGACGGCGACGGCGCCGCGCGCGGGCCAGAGCGGCUCAACACGAUUCUCGCGCGCGCGAAGGAGAGCGAUAAGAACCGCGUGCGGAAGAACGCGGUCAUGAUCCCGCAGCGCGAGCUCGGCAGCUACACCGUCGCACCGCGCUCGAAUGUGGGCCUUUCCAAGGGCAGCAUGAGCGUGGACGUCGACAUCGAGCGGCGGAAGAAGAACGCGGAGCGGCUGAGGACUCUGACGAGGAAGAUUCAGACGAAGUCGUGAGCGCUCGUAUCCUUGUCCUUCGUCCUUCGUCUCUUGUGCCCUUGUACUGUUUUUGUCGUCCUUGCUCGUGCUAUCUUAUUUGCGUUGGAUAUAUGGGCGGUGCUCUUGUUGUGGGUUCGCCUUGUACUUUCUGGGUAUGCAACCGCAAACUGCCGUAUCGAUCAUCAUCGGGCGCCGUG